GUGGUCGUACUUUUUCUGAAGCCAGCGUUGAAAAACCUUGACAUCUAGAAGACAAUCUUACGGCAAUCUAGAAGGAGACCUUUUUCUAGUUGUCUUCUUCAAAGAGAAGGAGUAUCUGCAGCCAUAGAAGGAAGAGAAAAGAGUGGAGCAUAAUGGAUAUGGCAUCCCCCACUCCUUUCAUUGUCUUACCACAAAUCAAUGCAACAUUCACUGGCAAAAACAGAACCUGUUAUGAUUCUGGCAUAAACGAAGAAGUGCUUAUUUUCGCAAUCUUCACUAUACUUUUCUGUGUGUUGGGAAUGUUGGGCAACGGCCUCGUGAUCUGGUUGCUGGGCUCCUCCGUUAAGAGGAACACUUUUGCCAUUUAUAUUAUCAACCUCUCUGUUGCAGACUUUGGUUUUCUCACCUUUGAGCUGAUUAUCGAAAUCCACUGGCUUUUUACACAUCUGUAUUGUGACUUUCCCUACGAACUCUUCCAAACGGGCCUGCUGUUAAUGUACAGCACGGGGCAAUUUCUCCUGACAGUCAUCAGCAUCGACAGGUGUCUUUCGGUCCUCUUCCCAAUUUGGUAUCGAUGCCACCGGCCAGUCCACAUGUUCACGACCGUGUGUGCUGUCAUCUGGGCCGUUUCCUUCAUCCUCUCUUCAAUUCACUUCACAAUUAUAGCAGUUGACGGAUUUGGAAACAGUUAUACGCUGAUGUAUCAGUUCAUCGUUAACGCUGUGCUUUGUCUCCCACUGAUGACCAUCUCCAGUGUCACCUUAUUUGUUAGAAUCUGCUUCGUAUCCAAAAGCCAAAGGCGGAGGAAGCUUUUGACAGCUAUUUUGCUCACGCUUUUCUUCUUUUUAGUCUUGGCUUUUCCACUAAAUGCCUUCUAUUUUAUCCUGUAUGUUUUCAAAUACAUACAUCCCAACCUUGUGCAUUAUGGCUACUUGUGCACCUGUAUCAACAGCGGCAUUAACCCCGUGAUCUAUUACCUGGUGGGGAGGCAGAGGGGUAAAGCUCGGAAAGGCAUCAAAGAGUUGUUUCAGAAAGUUUUCAAGGAGGAGGAACUAUCUACUGAUGAACUGGAAACUUCGGAAGGUUCCAAGAUCUGAAUGCUUUGCUUUCACUCUUGUCAAUCAAAAGACACAUUUGUUCCUUUCCAAGAAAGCCCUUCUUUAUUUAAAAGAAACUGGUUUUAUGCUUAUUAAUUUCUGCACGUCCAGAAUUUGUGCAGAUAAUUAACUUUGUGGAAAAGAAAACAUUUCUCACGUUGGAUUAAUCUAUUUACCAAGUAUUAACUGAAGUCUAAUUGACUUUCUCCAAUUCAGCUGGGCCCGACUUGAGUGGCCUCCAAUUCUGUGCAUUUGAAUUUCAAUGUUCAGCUAGUGGGAUCAUUGCUGAGAAUUUUCAAAGUGGUCAUUCGCACUUUUGGAAGGUGUCCAUCCAAAGAUUCCAAAAUCUGAACUUUAAUGUCACCAUUGUCAUUCAAAAGAUACAUUCAUUUUUUUCCAAGCAAGACCCUGAUUUCCUCUCUUUUUAUUUAAAAGAAACUGUUCGUAUUCUGAAUAAUUUGUGCAGAUAAUUAUCUUUGUGGAAUUUCAAAAUGUUUUUCGAACAACCUAUUUACCUAAUAUCUACCCCCUGAAGAUUAAUUUGCUUUCUUUUGUUCAGCCUUUCCCGACUUCAGUGGUCUCCAAUUCUGUGUGGUUGAACUUCAGUGUAUAGCUAGUAGGACAAGUGUUGAGAAUUUUCAAAGUUGACACCUUUGGAAGGUGUCAAUCAUAGAAAGGUGAAGCCACGGAGGCACACAUGUGGCUUUUUAAAUGUCCCAAGUUAUAUCAGGUACAUGACCAACGGUGAAGGAUAAUGGAACUGUAGCUCUACACUAGUUGGAGAAUCCUAAAUCUGUAUCUCCAUGAGACCAGGAUUUAUCUACUCAAUUGUAUCAAAAGGUGGGCAACUGUUACAAGAAGAAAAACAUGUUUAAAUGAAAACAUUUUUGGCUGAUUCCAGAAGAAAAGAAUCAGAGAAAGACUGAAACAAUUUCAAGUGGAAAUAUCUACAAACUGAUCUCUCCUACGUGUGGGGUGUGUGUGUGUGACCAUUUGUUAUAGCUUUAUGGUCUGUGCAUACACAAAUGAGAUUUAAAGGUUCAUAUUAUUAGGACAGAUACAGAAGCAACUGCAACUAAAACAAUGCUGUACUUUUAUAGAAGGUAAAAACAAAGAACAUUAUUUACUCAGUGUAUUCCUUCUAAAGAGCAAGCAACAAAGCAUGUCUGAACUUUUUUUUCUUGCUUUCUUGUGAAAGUGACUAUUUUA